UGCAGCUUUCGGGCUUGGCGGCCAUCUCCGUUCUCGGAACCGACACCGGAUAAUCAGCUCCAGCAUCAUCAUCACCGACUUUUUUCUAGAAAAGGAGUAGAACGUCAGCAUCGCCGCCUCGGUCUCGUCUCCUUUGGGGCAACUUUCUCUUCUUGGUCCAUGACAGCGCGGUAGCAACACUACACAGCCAAGAGUGAAGAGCCAGGAUUCCCCAGCUUUCUUCCACUCCGGGCGGCUGUCGCAAAAAAAAAAGUGAACAUGUCCACAACAAUUGGAUCUUUCAUUGCUGGCGGCAUAGCAGCAUGCGGUGCUGUGACGGUUACCCACGGAUUCGAAACGGUCAAGAUCCGAUUACAGUUGCAGGGAGAGCUUCAGUCAAGGAAGGACGCUCCGCGGUUAUACAGAGGCGUCUUCCAUGGCGUAGGCGUCAUCUUGAAGAAUGAAGGACCAAAGGGUUUACUGCGUGGUCUGGGAUGCGCCUACAUCUACCAAAUGACGCUCAACGGUUGCCGUCUCGGCUUCUACGAGCCUCUUCGCAAGACCCUCACCAACGCCAUAUACAAAGACGCCGCAGUUCAAUCCUUUGGCAUAAACCUAUUCUCCGGCGCAGCAUCAGGCAUCCUCGGAGCCGCAGCUGGCUCGCCCUUUUUCCUCGUGAAAACGCGCCUACAAUCCUUUUCCCCCUUUCUCCCCGUGGGAACCCAACACCACUACAAAAAUGCUGUGGACGGCAUGCGGCAAAUAUAUACGUCAGAAGGAAUCAAAGGCCUAUACAGGGGCGUAGGCCCAGCCAUGGUACGAACGGGCUUCGGUAGCUCAGUGCAGCUCCCAACGUAUUUCUUUGCGAAAAGGCGACUAGUCAAGCACUUUGGUAUGGAGGAGGGCAUGCCAUUACACAUUGCCAGUAGUACGGCAAGCGGCUUUGUGGUAUGCUGCGUUAUGCAUCCUCCCGACACGGUCAUGUCGCGCAUGUACAACCAAACGGGCAAUCUCUACACGUCCGCCUUUGACUGCUUAUACCGGACGGUCAAGACAGAGGGCAUUUUGGCUGUGUACAAGGGUUAUUUCGCGCAUCUUGCGAGGAUCCUGCCGCAUACGAUUCUCACCCUUACUCUCGCCGAGCAAACGAUUAAGAUGAUGCGCAAAGUAGAAGACCGGAUACUGUCCCCAGAGACCAAGGCGAAGAUAUGACAAGAAUGAUCUGGUUUGAACGUAACAUUUCCACACUGUACAAUUUCCUCCAUAUUGGCUAGCAUAGCGCACGACGUUCGGCGAAGACGGCUCGGAUUCUUGCUUCCUUUAGGGUCAUUGGAGCUUGGGGGCUUAGAAAAGAUGGUCUAUCUGUGGGUCGGGUGUUUUGGACAAAAAGCUUGGGAUCAUGGUCCGCUUGGGAUUGGUUUACCUACUACGCCUGCUAGAGCUAUUUUCCACGGCGUCUGUACGAAGGUCUCAUAAGGCUAGUCCGUCAGAACGCUGUACUGUAUGAUUAGUGUAGGAACUUGGUUCUCGGCUUCAGGACGCUUCACUACCUACAGCACGCAAAUGAUUUGAAUAACAUAUGUAAUCAACUGCGUAGAAGUUUACUCGCGA